AUGUUUACCAACUAUGAGGUUUUAAUCACACAAUGGCAACUGUUAGUUUAUGAAUUUGAUGCUUUGGGUACACAACUCAGGGCAUGAAAGCAAGGAAAGAAGGUGAAAACGGGAGUUAAGAUGGGCAGUGGCGAGAGCGAGGCAUAUGAUAUCUUUUGACUUCAUGCAGAACAUUCCGAUGCCAAUUCUACCACACAAUGUUUUUUACAAAGACCAGCUCUGGACUUCCGUGUUUGGAAUUCACCAUAUGGUGGUAGACCGUGGAUAUAUGUACAUGUCGGAUGAAACUGUUGGUAAAGGUGGAUCAUCAGAGGUGGCCUCCUGCCUCAGUCAAUUCCUUGAAACAUAUCAGACAGGAGCAAAGGCAUUGGUCUCCUAUUCAAACGGUUACGGAGGCUAGAACAAAAAUUUGACAGUCAUGGGUACAAUGAGCUACAUAAAGCAGGGGUUUAUGAUACCCUAGUCCAUAAAUUCUCAACAAGAGGACACACAUUCCUCAGGAAUGAUUCCGACUUUUCCAAGAUCAAAAAAGGAAAAUCAAGUGCAACUGUAUAUUUGCCCAGCGAUCGGUGUAAGAUUGUGAAGGAGGCGAACCAGUGGAACCCAUUUCAAGUUGUACAAAUGGAACAAAGACAGUUCUUCGAUUAUAAAGAACAUAUAGAAAGUAAGUAUACAAACCGCCACACUGUGACUUUCGUUCCACCUUUUAGAGACGGGCAUUGA